CCGUCGAAAAGAGUCAACUAGCAGUUGACAGACACCAGUAUAAAGGUCACUCUGCUGUAUCUUGUUUCAAGAUAGGAAAUGAGAGAGCUCGAAGGGCAACAGGUGCUCUUCUCCACAAGCACCUAAUCGACAACCCUUGUACUCGAAGUUACCUUCUCGCUUUCGUGACCGCCGAUUGUCGUUGUGGAGACAAAAGGCGGGAUAGAAAGCUGUCUAAUCUGCAGAGAUUGGAGCUGGCCAAAUGGCUGGUACAACCUGCAUGGGCCAGGAACUUGUCGGCGCAGGGGUAGAAAAAAAUAACCCCGGAAAACGAAAGCGCAACGAAAACGGCGAGCCAGCCCCUGUAGACUCGAAUCCGAAUGAUACCGAGUUCGAAAGCCAAGCCAUGAUGCUGAUCCCAAGCUUGAGAAGCAACAAAGCUCGUCAGCAUGCUUUUGUGGCGCCGAAGAUUGGCAAUUACAUGCACACUUCCAUUGCGUCUGUAAAGGCCAGCAAUGAAAUGGAUUGGCAUAUAUCGGAAGACCAGCAAAGCGAACAUUCCUUUUCGAAUGCAGGGUCGUGUGUGGCUACUGCGAAAGCAACCAGAGUGAACUUGGCAGGGAAUAAAACUGCGGGAAUUGUAUCUGACAAUGCACAAAUCAAUUUUUUGCAUAAGGUGUCCACCGUUUGCGCCAUGAGUGAACUCAAGGGUGCCACAACGAGCAAACGCGCGUCGCCGAUUGUAAUUUCCACAUUGAAACAUGAUGAUCCCGAAGUCGGAAUGUUGACCAGAAGUAUUGAAGAUAACAGGUCACUCGACGCUGCUGGUAAAGAAAGCGUCAUUGACACUGCGUCGGUUGGCCUCCCAGAGUGUCGAAAGACUUCAUUGAAUCACUUUCGUGCGGAGGCCAAAACCAAGUUACGAAUAGCUUUACUGGCCAAAAAGCAAGCGUUAGAAGAAGCUCGGGAAGGAAUUGUGCAACAACAAGGAAGUGAAAGAGUAAGACGAAAAUUUCAGCAAACUUUGCGCCCUAUCAACGCCCUUCUAAAAGGAGGUAAUGCAUCACUACUGAUUCGUAACAUAAGCACUUCGGGACCGGCUAAACUGGUGCGGUUUUCUGACUGCACGAUGCCUGAUUUAGAGACCGACGAUAUCGAUAUUGAGAAAAAGCAACUUUCCAGCGCACUGCCUUCUUCCCUGUCUUCUCCACCAUUGCAAAGGCGCAUGGAUUUAUUGAAACGCAAAAUUGAGCUCCAAAAGAGGCUCGUUGAGGCCAAGGACAGAGCAAAACUCUUGGAGCAGAAUCAAAUUGAUGCUAGCAAAAGCGUUGUUCCAUCGACUGUCAAUGACGAAAUGAAUAAACCGAGCCGAUUAGAGCUUUUGGAACGCAAGAAAAAUGCCGAACGGAAGCGUGUAAGGGCUCAAACAGCACACUUGCUACUGAAGCAAAAGCAUCUUUUGGAGGAGCAAGACGUUCAAAUUGAGCAAACAAAGCUGUCGGUAGAAGACUAUAACAAUGAAAUCACGACCAUGAAAGCUGAACUUGCUGCUUCGGCAUUGCACGUAGAAGACCUGACUAUGCGACGACGCGUGUUGCGUGAAUUGAAGGGUAAAGCAGUUGCCAAGCAAAUCCAGUUUCGUCAGCAACUACACGAGCUGAGACAGAAAAUAAAUAAUGACGGAAGGGAAAUAGCUCCAGCUCCCACGUAG